UUUCUAGGGUUUCUCUUCGAUUUUGGGAGUUGAUUCAAAUUUGGUUUAGAGAGGUCGAAGAAUCGAGAAAGCUAUGUCCUUGCGACCGAGCGCGAAGACAGAGAUCCGUCGAAGCCGUUACAAGGUCUCUGUAGAUGCGGAAGAAGGACGACGAAGAAGAGAAGAAUUUUUAGUCGAGAUUCGUAAGAACAAACGCAAGGAAAGCUUGAUGAAGAAACGCCGCGACGGUGUUAGUGAAGUUUUGCCUCCUGCUUCCGACGAUCCCUUUGAGAGUUUGUUGGAGAUAGCGAAUAUGAUUACUGGGGUUUUCUCGGAUGAUCCUUCAUUGCAGCUUGAGUACGCGACUCGGUUCAGGAAGAUUCUAUCAUUGGAUAGUAGUCCACCUAUCGAUAAAAUGAUAAAAUCUGGAGUUGUGCCACGUUUUGUUGAGUUUCUUAAGAAGAAUGAUUACCCUAAGCUACAGCUUGAGGCUGCUUGGGCUUUAACAAACAUUGCUUCUGGAACAUCUGAGCAUACCAAGGUGGUGAUUGAUCACGGCGCUGUUCCGAUCUUUGUUCAGCUUCUUGCUUCCCCUGAUAAUGAUGUCCGUGAUCAGGCUAUAUGGGGACUGGGUAAUGUUUCUGGUGAUUCAAUACAGUGCCGUGACUUAGUUCUUAACUCUGGGGCAUUUAUUCCACUGUUGCAUCAACUGAAUGAGCCUGCUACGUUGUCGAUACUUAGAAAUGCUACUUGGACUUUAUCAAACUUCUUCCGUGGCAAGCCUUUCUCGCUCUUUGACCUGGUGAAACCUGCUCUCCCUGUACUUAAACGACUUGUUCAUUCGGAUGAUGAACAAGUCUUGUCAGAUGCUUGCUGGGCAUUUUCGAAUCUGUCUGAUGGUUCAAAUGGAGAUAUCCAAAGUGUGAUAGAGGCUGGUGUUGUCCCAAGACUAGUUGAACUUCUCCAACACCCUUCUCCAGUUGUGAUUGUUCCUGCACUUCGUACCAUUGGGAAUAUAGUUUCUGGAAAUAGUCUGCAGACCCAGUGUGUGAUCAAUUGUGGUGCUUUACCCGUUCUUGCGGACCUGCUUACUCAAAAAUAUACGAGAGGCAUAAGGAGGGAAGCUUGCUGGACGAUUUCAAACAUCACUGCAGGCAUAAAAGAACAAAUUCAGUCGGUUAUUGAUGCAAAUUUGAUUCCAACAUUGGUCAAUCUGGCUCAACAUGCUGAAUUUGACAUAAAGAAAGAAGCUGUAUGGGCAAUUUCAAAUGCUUCCGGUUGUGGUUCUCCUAAUCAAAUCAAAUACUUGGUGGAACAGAAUUGCUUAAAAGCUUUAUGUGACAUCCUAGUGUGUUCAGAUCUAAGAAUCAUCUUAGUGUCUCUAGAUGGAUUGGAAAUGAUUUUGAAGGCUGGAGAGGUGGAGAAGAACACAAGACACGUGAACUCUUAUUGUCAAAUAAUUGAAGAUGCGGAAGGGCUAGAAAAGAUCGAGAACCUGCAGCUCCAUGUCAACAAUGAGAUCUAUAAGAAAGCUGUGAAGAUUCUGCAAACAUACUGGCUUGUAGAGGAAGGUGGUGAUACUGAUGGUGAUAAUGAUGAUGAUGAUGAUGAUGAUGGUUGUUCUCAACCGGGCUUCCAGUUUGAUUUUACUCGUUAAGAUCCCACAAAACCUGACAUUGAAGGAAAGGCAUGCACAUAUGAUGGGUCAAACUCAAAGAGUGAGUCAAGUGUCAAGUUCUUGAUGACAUUAGGCUUUACUUGGUUUGUUAAUUGAGAGAGUACAUAGUUGAUAUAAAAGCAGUGGCUCCAU